UGCUGCGCAUGCUGCUUUGAUGCAUCGUUCAGAGAAGAUCAGCUGAGAAAACAAAAGAAAGCAUUCCAUACCACAUUUCCACCUGUUCCUCAACAGUCAUCAUUGCGGUACAAUGAAGACAUUCGUCGUUCUCCUUGUGUGUUUGGGCGUAGCCUUUGCUGAUCGCCGUACUCAGAGCGUCUCAUCACGUCUCAUCAGAGCCAUUGGCGACAGGCCUACGUAUGAUGUGGAAGAAGUUCAAGCUCCCGAACCUUACGUACCUCCCGAGACAGCUGUACCUUACAGCAAAGGUCAACAAGACCACAACUAUGGUGCUGGUGCACAGAACAUAGAUGCCCAAACCCACGUCGCAGGAGGUUCUGAUUCCCAUGGUAGUGGAGCUAGUGAAUAUGGUGCUGGUGCAAUAGGCGAAGAUCACGGUGGUGCAGCACCAGCACGACACGAAGGCCUGGGUCAGGUAGAUAAAACGCAAGAGGAAGUUUACGAGCCCGGGUCUUACGGCAAACGUGAAGCAUAAGAUGCUGUACUUGGAGAUCUCGAAGUUCCAGCAGUUUACUUCAAUUGUUCAUCCUUUUGGUUGAGGGUUUUGAGUUAUGCAUGACUUGAUACUGACUGUAGUGUUUAUUCUAACUAUUCUUAUAAAUGGUUAAUCUGUAAGAGUAGUAAAUUGCUCGUAAAAGGCAACUUUCUUGCUAGAAAAAAAUUACAGCUAAACCACUGUCAGAUGGAAUUAAUUGGUAUACCAUAAAAUUAUUAUACUGACUUUUUUUCGUUGGAAAGAGAAAGGGCUGAAAUAGGUUCGAAUUUAUACAAUGUAUACAUUACAUUCAAUCGGCUCAGCUCGUGAACUACAAAGGGCGCUGUAUACAAAGUGAAGAGACAUAAGCUGGCUUCCAACCCCGCCAUAAUAUCGUCCGGAAUCAGUCCUCAGUGAAUAUUUUCCUCGCUGGCCUUAUUUUUCAACCGCUAUACUGGGUGGAUAAAGAAAAAGAAACCGAGAUAUUGUUGCUAAUUGGAACAUAGCAGGGCACAUGUGAAUCAAAGGGAGAUACCCUCUGCAGGUUGAAUCGCCUCUUUAAAAUGACACCCUGAUCAUGUCCUUACAUUCACGGUUGACUGAGCAGCUUUUAUGAAAGGGUCUAUUUA